GGAAUACGUGCCUAGUCACGCAACUAUGGGAUACUCUUGCAGGCUCGGCCCCGCGGCCGGCGGGCAGGCGAAGGUCAUCGUCGUCGCCAGGGAGGGCGACCCCACGCUGGUAGAGCUCGAGAGGCUGCCCAAGGACGGCUCGGCCUCCGUCCUGUUUCGAGGUGCGACCAUGGGGGACUUCUCGACGCCCGAGGCGCAGCAGGCUCUGGCGGAGGCCAACGUGCUCCUCAACUGUGGGGGAAAGAAGGAUCUGUUGAGCCAGUUGUUCCCCCUGGCGCCCAAGCUGGCAUGGAUCCACAGCCGGAGCGCGGGGGUGGACAGCGCCCUUUUCCCCGAGUUGAUCGAAUCCGAUCGCGUGUCUCUGACCAACGCGAGCUCGUCCCUUGCGGAGCACGCGGUUCUAUCGUGCCUGUACUUCGCCAAGGACGUGGACCGCUGGAAGAGGAACCAACGAGACAGGAAAUGGGACCAGUUCUGCGUGUCAGAGGUGUUGGGUGCUACUCUGGGGGUUGUCGGGUACGGAGACAUCGGCCAAGCGGCGGCCGUGAAGGCCAAGGCGAUGGGAAUGAAGAUCAUCGCCCAGAGGAGGCGACCGGAGCUGUCAAGGGGGGACGGGGUCGCCGACGAGGUUCUCGGCGCCGGCCAGGUGGGCGAGGUCAUCGCCAAGUCUGACUACAUACUGGUGGCGGCAGCGUUGACGCCCGAGACCACAGGCAUGGUUGGAGCCGCGGAGCUCGCAAGGGCGAGACCCCACGCCGUGAUCAUCAACAUAGGCCGUGGACCUCUCGUCGACGAGGAGGCGAUGACACAAAUGCUGCGGGAUGGACGACUGAGGGGUGCUUCUUUGGACGUGUUCUGCAAAGAGCCCCUGCCCGCGGAGAGCGAUCUGUGGGGCUUGGAGAACGUGCUGCUGUCGCCUCACAACGCCGACCUGACGGCGCACUUCUUGAACGACAGCGUCCGUUUGUUUGCCGACAACGUGGGCAACUUUGUCAAGGGCGACGAGGUGUCGAUCCACCUUGUGGAUAAGAGAGCGGGAUAUUGA